AUGUCAGACCUGGAUGAUGAUUACAACGAUUACUUCAAUGAAUAUGAUUUUCUAGCCGCUGAAGCUUCCGAAGCAAGCGCAGAAUCGAACGAAAACAUUCCCCGAGCGACGAAGCGACGUCGUUUGGAAGAACCUGACGAACAUGGUGAAGAUGGAGAAAGCGUAGGAUCACAGACUGAUUCCUUUCGUGCCUCUGAAGAUGGCGACAAUGACAAAUAUGCUUCAGAUUCGUUCAUAGAUGACGAUGAGGUCCGCUCACCUAGUGGAAAAUUAUACGGGGAAUUUGACGGGGAGUCGAGGAGCAAGUUAAAGGCCUUCUAUCCGAAACACAGUGCCAUGCAAGAGGAUAUCUUUGUUACACAGUUGACCCAACCUCCCUCGCCGCCUGAACGGAUCCGUGGACCUCGUUGGAAGAAACCUGAUCCAGAGCCUCUCACGCCGAAGCCUCCUACGACUACACCUAUUCCAUCAGUACGCGAUCCACAGAGCGGCAGCAGCGGCGGUAGCAAUGGUGGACCAGUACGGGAUGAAGGACUAGGAGGUGAUAAUGAAUUCUCUGACGAUGAAGGAUUGAAUGCCGCCAUUGCGGCAUCGCUUGAAUCCUUCGAGGAGGAAAAUUCUCGGGCAGCCACAUGUUCAUUUUCACAUGAGCCACCGCAACCGCGACAAGAAGCGGCUGCUGCUUCCAGUUAUCAAAAUAGCAACAAAAACAAUGUUUUAACUGACUCGUUUCUUGACGAUAUACCGGAUGAUGCGUUUGACUCGGAGCCGUCUCUAUCUCCCCCACCCAGAACGAAUACUCAAGCGGCACAGCGAACUCAGACAUGGCCAAACAUGGGCCGUCCUUCAAAUGGGCCUACCGGCCUUCGUCAAACAACACUAUUUGGCAUGGUUGCUCGGAAUGCGGAGAAAUCGGCACCUAGAGGUGAACAGAAUAUCUCUCCACCUGACAAGGAAGAGCCUCCCACUCAUCACAAACUGGACAACGACGCCACUGCUACAUGGGUCUACCCUAUGAAUUUGGGAAAUACAAGAGAUUACCAGUUCAAUAUAACUCAAAGUGGCCUCUUCCACAAUUUGCUAGUGGCGCUGCCGACAGGUUUGGGAAAGACAUUCAUAGCGGCAACUAUCAUGCUGAAUUGGUUUCGCUGGACAAAGAGUGCCCAAAUCGUUUUCGUGGCGCCUACAAAGCCCCUCGUUGCCCAGCAGAUUUCUGCAUGUUUUGGUGUCGCUGGUAUUCCGCGAUCACAGACCACAAUGCUUACCGGAGAAGCAGCGCCGGGGAUACGAUCUGAGGAAUGGAAGACGAAGCGCGUAUUUUUCAUGACUCCGCAGACUCUGGUUAACGACCUCAAAACUGGCAUUGCCGACCCCAAGCGUAUUGUUCUACUAGUUGUCGACGAAGCUCACCGCGCAACUGGUGGAUACGCGUAUGUGGAAGUAGUUAGCUUUCUUCGACGAUUCAACAAAAGUUUCCGGGUUCUUGCUCUGACUGCUACUCCCGGCUCUACAGUGGAAUCUGUUCAAGCAGUUAUUGAUGGACUAGAUAUUGCACGUGUCGAGAUACGUACCGAACAAUCUCUCGACAUUCGAGAGUACGUUCAUUCCAAAGACAUUGAGACUCAAACGUUCGAAAAUUCCGAAGAGAUGGUCCUCUGUAUGGACCUAUUCUCUCGAGCAUUGCAACCUCUUGUGGACCAGCUGCGCACCCUCAACGCCUACUGGGGACGAGAUCCCAUGAUGCUGACUGCGUUCGGCUUGACCAAAGCGAGGCAACAAUGGAUGGCCUCAGAUGCUGGAAGAAACGCAAACAUGGGAUUAAAAGCCAAAACUAACGCCAUAUUCACAGUUCUUGCGAGUUUGGCUCAUGCCAUUGAUCUGCUCAAGUAUCAUGGGAUUACCCCUUUCUACCGCCAUUUGUUGCAUUUUCAGUCCAGCGUUGAUGGGAAAAAGGGUGGAAAGUACCAACGCCAGGUUGUCCAGGAUGAUCAUUACAAGAAAUUGAUGAACCAUCUUGAUCCGUGGGUUAAGAAUCCCGAAUUCAUUGGACACCCUAAGCUCGAAUACCUCAAACAGGUGAUCUUGAACCACUUCAUGGACGCUGGUGAGGGUGGCGAAGGAUCAAGUCAGUCGGCGACAAAAGUUAUGAUAUUCGUGCACUUUCGGGAUAGCGCCGAAGAAGUCACAAGAGUGUUGAAACGGUACGAGCCUAUGAUUCGGCCACAUAUCUUCGUCGGGCAGAGUAGUGCCAAGGGCUCAGAUGGGAUGAACCAGAAAACCCAACUGGGUGUCGUCGAGAAGUUCAAAAAGGGCACCUAUAACACCAUGGUAGCUACGUCAAUCGGUGAAGAAGGUCUGGAUAUUGGUGAAGUCGACCUCAUUGUGUGCUAUGACUCCUCGGCUUCGCCAAUCCGUAUGCUCCAACGAAUGGGGCGGACUGGUCGUAAAAGGUCCGGAAACAUUGUCUUGCUCCUGAUGCAAGGCAAAGAGGAGGAAUCCUACAUUAGGGCCAAAGACAAUUACGAGAAGAUGCAGCAAAUGAUAGCCAGCGGCACCCGGUUCACUUUCCAUGAUGAUGCAUCCCCUCGCAUUCUUCCGGCAGACGUGAAACCUGUACCUGACAAAAGACAAAUCGAUAUACCGGACGAGAACGCGCAGCAAGAUUUGCCUGAGCCGAAAAAAGGAAAAGGACGAGCUCCGAAAAGACCACCAAAGAAAUUCCACAUGCCAGAUGAUGUUGAAACAGGCUUCACCAAGGCAUCUCGCCUCACCGGAGAUAGAAAAAGCAAGGCGGGUGACAAGAGUAAGAGGCGUGUUCGAACACCAACUCCCGAGCCCGUUGAGUUGCCUGCGCUUGAUGAAGUGCUGCUUACUUCACCGCAGCAACGAGAACUUGAACACCGGUAUCAGAAUAUAGGGGGCACCAGUCCGCAGUUUAUUCGUUAUCCGAGAAAUGAUGCCUUCCCUCGCUUGCAACAUGUUUUAAGGCCUACGAAAUCGGUGAGACACGGGAAAGUGACUCGCCGUAUGAUCGGUACACUGCGAAAUAUGGCCAAUGUGAAUGCUGACUGCGAAAAGCGUUUCAAGCAUAUCCUAUCUCUUGUACCUAAACCGCCUCCAAAGCGUUCGUCUUUUGUCGGCCAAGCACCCCGGCAGAAGCAGAGCGAUGAACAGCCGACGAAUCAUUCUAAGGGACUCAAACCUCUUCAUUCAAAUCUAAAACCAAAUCAACUGCCUGUCGAGUUCAAUGGGGAAUCGGAUCUCGAUGACGAACCACCUUCUCCCGAUGUGUUGUCUUCCCUGGGAGACCGUCAAGAGCCACCUAAAGCCUCACAGGUCAGCGACCUGGAUGGUAAUUAUGACCUUCCGGACCUCAAGACACUUUUUGAGCAGGCGGACGCAGACAGUCAGCCCACGCAUAAGCGACGUAGAGUCGUGGAUGAUGAGUGUGAUGAAUAA